AUCUAUAGGAGGUAUCAUGAAUUUUAUGUCCUGGAAAACAAACUGAAAGAAUUUCACGGUGAAUUUGAUGAUUGUCAGUUACCAGCCAAAAAAACAUUUGUACCUAAAAGUAAAAUCUUUUUUGAAAAUCUGAGGACCGAGUUCGAAUCAUUUCUCAGGAUUUUGUUGUCGAAGCCAAACUUGCGAGGAAGUCAGCUGGUUUACGGCUUCCUCACUUCCAACCAAGAGUUCACAACCAGUUUUCUUGAUGUCAAUUUAGGUUUGUUGAUGAAGAGCGGCGCAAUGAAGCUGGUGAGAGAGAAAGGCCAGCAUUUGGAGCCUUUUUUGAAAACCUUCCUGCAAUCCACUGAAUCAAGCAAGUCCAAAUCAAGGUUGGUCAACUGGCUGAUUGACCUGCCAUACGCUAUCGUUGACAGUAACACAAUGUUCACUGGUGAUGGUGAUGAAGAUGCUGAUGACAGGGAGGAUGAUUAUGACGCUGGCAAUGGAGGCAGCGCUCCUAGUGAAAAAUGUUUUGUUGACAACAUCACCAGCUAUUUUGACUCGUUACUCUAUUUAUGUAAUUCCAUUUACGAGUCACCUGAUUGGUUGAUGCAGCUGUUCCUAUCGUUGAGGAUGCUACUGAGAAACACCAUCGACACCUACCUGGAUUGGUACCUGAACAGGAAACUGCAGCAAGCUCUCACGGAACAUUACGUCGUCAAGAUUAUUCACCUACUCAGAGAUGCAAUAUUUUAUGAUACCGAUCCCCCAAGAUCAGAAGAGGACAAGAAGAAAAGGCAAAAAGAAGCAUUUAAAGAUUUACUCAACUACAUUCCAAAUGUGUUUGUCCGGGUGGUCGGGUCAGAAAAACACAAGAAAGGAACCAAAUUAUUGUUUGAUGUACUCCAACGGCCUCGACUCAACAAACACUUAUCUUACACGUUGUUGGACGCAGUGCUGGAGGAGCUGUUUCCAGAAUUGUUGGCGGACGGUGAGGUAUCCAGCGGUCCUGCUGAAGAAGAUGACGAGCAGAAGCUGUCGCAAGUUAACCAUCUAGCCAGGAACGACAAUCAGUUUGAUUUGAGGAAGCGUACUUUAAAAAGUUGUUAA